AUGAUGGUGGUGCAGCAAAGGAGUUUACUGCUGCUGGUGCUGGUUACUGUAGUUGUGACGACGGCGUAUGAUAUUGACUGCAAGUGGAAGAGCAAUAUUUCAGACAUCGAAGACGUCGCCCACCACAAAUAUCAGGUUCUUGAGGAAUGUCUGUUCUACAAGCUGACCAGCGAAGCGGAUCGUAUGCAAGACAAAAGCAAUGCGCUCAUGAUGCUUCCACCCACCGUUGCAGCCGGUGAGAUACUUGAAGUGCAGGUUCUCGAUGGAUCAAUUACUGAGAUGUGGAUGAAUGAGGUGUUCAAGGAGAUGAAUAUUAAUGGAUUCUUGAAAUUGUCCUGGAAGGACCGUCGUCUCCGAUGGAAUCCGGAGGAGUGGAAGACUGAAAAUUUGCGUCUGAAGUCAAUGGGAAGACUAUGGUCACCAGAUAUCAAUUCUGAUAAGUGA